GUAAAUGUCGAUGAAUUGCUGGGAAAACUACUCAGUAGCACGGAACUGGUAGUGGCAGGUGAACUGCAUUCACCACUGGAAGAAUUAACACUGGGGCUGCCAAAGGAAAUUUCAAAAAAGUACGGGAAUCAGCUAAUAAUUUCCAUACGCCCUUGCAAGGAGGACUGUAAAAAUACUUCAAAAUCGUCGGUAAGAGAGGAAAUUCCGAAGCCACCAGAAAAACCGACAACGCCGAAACCGAAAGAGGACCAACAACAGACAACGUUGCUACCAGCGGAUAAAGUAAUAACUUCGGGAACGCCGACAUAA